GCAUGUGGCAGUGGAAUUGAGGAUUCAUUUUCAUCCAUCGGGUUGGUGUGUCAAUCAAUCAAAUCUCGUGGAAUCAAAAUUAGGGUUUCCUUUCCAUCGAUUGCGAGGAAGACGAAGAAGAAGAAGGAGAAGGAACGAUGUGGCACGAGGCGAGGAGGUCGGAGAAGAAGGUCCACGACAUGAUGGACGCGGCUCGAAAGCGAGCACAGAGACGAGCCGUUUACCUUGCCAAGAGGCGCGGCGAUCCUCAACAAUCCAUUCAGCUCGUUGGCUUCCGUUCCCGAACCUAUCGAGACGACGCACUUUACCAAGCUACCCAGGAUCAGCAGGGCCUGAUACCUUGGAACGGGAAACAGGAUAUAUUGAUUGACAGAUUUGAUGGCCGUGCUCUACUUGAUUUCAUUCGGGAUAGUAGUCAUAGGCGGGUCCAGGAGAAGUCUGAAGAAGAAGAAGAAUUAGAAGAGUUUGUUAAUUUUGAGCGUUAUCGGGAUUUAAUAAAGCAUCGGCGUAGAGGAUUUACUGAUGAAGAGGCUUUGCAACAUGUAAAUCAAGAGAUGGAGGCCAAGUCUGCUCUUCCAUUUAUGUCAGACAGAUCUAAUUUGCCACAGCCUGCUGCAAACAAAGGAUCCUAUUCACAGGUUGGGUUUUCUUAUGGUGGGAAUGGAAAAGAAGAAUCCCAGAUUUCAGAUGAUGAUGAUGAUAAUGACAAUGAGGAAGACGAAGACGACGAGGAUGAUGAGGAUUUUAACAGUGAUGAUAGUAAUGAUGAAGGAAUGGAGAUAAUUGCAAAAGAAUUUGGGGUUAAGAGAUACGGUUGGCUUGUUUACAUGGAUAAGAAAGCUAAGGAAGAAGAAAAAAGGCAAAAAGAGAUGAUCAAAGGUGACCCUGCAAUUAGAAAGCUGAGUCGUAAGGAAAGGAGAAAGGCUUCUCAGAUUGAAAGGGAGAGGGAGAGAGAAUCUACACGGGUAUCUGGAACUCGUGUGCUGCACCAUGAUCCCUAUCGGGAACCCAGGCGAAGUCCUACUUAUGAAGCUUAUUCUCGUUCCAGAAGGUCAAGGUCGCGGUCCUACUCUCCGUCACACUCGAGGCGUUAUUCUCGCAGUAGUCAUUCUGAUGAUAUUUACCGAAGCAAACCAAGGACUCCUAAAAUAGAAUACAUUACUGAAUUUGGGGGCUCUGGAGAAACAGCUGAACCCAGGCGUGAAGGAUUUUCUCCGCCACGAUCUCCUCCAUCUCAUGUUGAUAUGUUAAACCGGUCAUCAUCUGGUUGCAUACUUGAGGCAUUGCAUGUCGAUCCUGCUUCUGGUGUAUCUAUUGAUAAGGAUAAGGGCACUAAAGUAUGGAAGCCAUCAGUGAGCACUUCAUCAGCAUUAGCAAAAUUGAAGGCAAGUGGUUCUGGAGGGCCCUUGAAACCUCUACAAGGGGAGAAGAAAGAAACUCCUCAAGAAAGACUCAAAAGGAUCAUGAACAGGCAACUAACCAAACAAAUUAAGAAGGAUACUGCGGCAGAACUGGCCAAGAAAAAGGAACAGGAGAAGCAGAGACAGGAAAAGCUCGCUGAAUCUAAUCGAUUGAGUCGGUAUAGACACCGCAGCAGGAGUAACAGCCGUUCCCCUCCAAGAAGAUACAGACGUAGUAGAAGUCCAAGUAGAAGCAGGAGUUCCAGAAGACAUUAUUCUUCUUCUCGUUCUGGUUCCCCGUCCCCUUCACGAACUCAUUCCCGGUCUCGCUCCCGGUCUCGUUCUCGAUCCCCUUAUUCCCGUUCUCCCAGGAAAAGAAACCGUUCAAGGCACUGAUGGGAUGCUGUAUGCAUGUAGAAAGGCUGAUAAAUUUGUGUGCAAUUUGUUUAUAUAUGAAUUUUACUACUUCGAAUUGGAUGUUGUGUUGGAAAUUGCAGUAGGCAAUCUUUUUGUGCAUGUCGCUGAAUCAUUUGGUAAUGUAUAUUUAUACGAAUGAAUUGAGUAAUUUUAUAUCUCAGUCGUAUGAGGUACAUAUUUCUCAGUCGUACAGACUUCAACCUGUAUUUUUUCAGUUCCAGUGGUAAACAGUGAAAGGAUUGGUAAUUGACUUCA